AUGGAUAAAAUUAAUUUACUAAAAACUUAUCCAAUUCAAAUCAAUAAAAACGGAUUCGGUAUUAAAGAUAAUCAAGUCGAAAAUGAAUUAUUUACAGUAAUUUUAAUUAAAGAUAGUCAAUACGAUAAAGAUGUAGUUGAAUAUCUUGCCAAACUUUGGGAUUGCCCAUUCGAUUAUUUAUUAGGUCGUUUAAGAAGCGAAGUCGGUCACAAGUUAUUAUAUGGAGAAAAAAAUAUUAAAGAAGCUUGCAAAUAUUAUGAACUUGCAGCAAAAGAAAACAAAUCAGCAGAAUCUAAUUUUUCAUUGGCAACUAUUAAAUUAAACACAAUUCCAACAAUCGAGGGAUUUGAUCAAACUGUAGCAUUAUUAAAAUUAGCAGCAGAGUCACCAAACAAAAUUAAAAUUAACGAAGAAAAAUCAAUUGAAAAUAAACUUGUACUCGAAUCUCAAUUAAUGUUAGGUAAUUUGUUUUAUGAUGGCCAUGGCGGUAAAAAGAACAUUGAAGAAUCAAUUAAAUAUUAUAAAAUGGCAGAAGAAAAUGCAUCCAAUAAUUAUACACCAGCGUUUGCUAAAUUGGCUUUAAAUUAUUGCAGAGGUUCAGAGGGUUUUGAAAAGAAUAGAGAAAAGGGAUUGACCAUUUUAAGAAAGAUUAUCGAAGACGGUUCUGAAGAUCCAGGUAUUUUAUACUCAUAUGGCGAGUCUUUAUUUGAUGACGAUCAAAAAACUGCUAUUGAAUAUAUUAGAAAAGCAGCAAAGAAAGGAUACCCAAUUGCAAAGAGAAAUUUACCAGAGUUUGAAAAGAAAAUUCAAGUAUCAAAAAUAAAACAAAUAACAAAUAAUGACGGUGUAACUACAACUGAUGGUUAUCAAUUUAGUAAAAAGAAAAACUCGAACCCAAAGAAAAUUAAAAAGAAUAAUUUAUGUUAA